AUGAGACUAAUAGAAAGUGGUGGAACUGCUCAGUUACUCAGUGGUGGAACUGCUCAAUUACUCAGUGGUGGAACUGUCCAGUUACUCAGUGGUGGAACUGUCCAGUUACUCAGUGCUGGAACUGUCCAGUUACUCAGUGCUGGAACUGGUGAGUUACUGAGUGGUGGAACUGCUGAGUUACUCAGUGGGGGAACUGGUGAGUUACUGAGUGGUGGAACUGCUGAGUUACUCAGUGGUGGAACUGCUGAGUUACUCAGUGGUGGAACUGCUGAGUUACUCAGUGGUGUAACUGCUGAGUUACUCAGUGGUGGAACUGCUGAGUUACUCAGUGGUGGAACUGCUGAGUUACUCAGUGGUGGAACUGGUGAGUUACUCAGUGGUGGAACUGCUGAGUUACUCAGUGGUGGAACUGCUGAGUUACUCAGUGGUGGAACUGCUGAGUUACUCAGUGGUGGAACUGCUGAGUUACUGAGUGGUGGAACUGCUGAGUUACUCAGUGGUGGAACUGCUGAGUUACUGAGUGGUGGAACUGCUGAGUUACUGAGUGGUGGAACUGGUGAGUUACUCAGUGGUGGAACUGGUGAGUUACUCAGUGGUGGAACUGGUGAGUUACUCAGUGGUGGAACUGCUGAGUUACUGAGUGGUGGAACUGCUGAGUUACUCAGUGGUGGAACUGGUGAGUUACUCAGUGGUGGAACUGGUGAGUUACUCAGUGGUGGAACUGCUCAGUUACUCAGUGGUGGAACUGCUCAGUUGUUCAGUGGUGGAACUGCUCUGUUUCUCAGUGGUGGAACUGCUGAGUUACUCAGUGGUGGAACUGCUGAGUUACUCAGUGGUGGAACUGCUGAGUUACUCAGUGGUGGAACUGGUGAGUUACUCAGUGGUGGAACUGCUCAGUUAUUCAGUGGUGGAACUGGUGAGUUACUCAGUGGUGGAACUGCUCAGUUACUCAGUGGUGGAACUGCUCAGUUACUCAUUGGUAGAACUGCUGAGUUCCAGGACCUACGUAAGACCAACUUUUGA